UAGUAAAUUAUACUAAGAUUAGAAAAGUUUAAAACAUACAAAUUGUUUUUAAUAUAGUUCAGGCGAAUGAUUGGCUCUCUUAAAAACAUAGCACCCGACCCAGGAAGAGGGAUUCAAGUGUGUACUAUGGGCUGGUAUAAUAUGGCAUCCCACAAGGCUCUGUAUUAGGACUGUUGUUGUUUUAUUGAAAAGUGGAGGACAUACAUCAGUCCUAUACAUCUACAGGCUUCUGGUCACUGAUUGGAAGUCUCAGUAUCGGCAAGCUGUCACUAUCGGGCCCCUGCGCAAGGCCCUUAACCCUCUGUCCUCUAGGGGUGUUGUAUCAUGUCUGACCGUGCACUCUAAUCCCAGCUUCCUAACAUCGCUGGGAUACGCAAAGGAAGAGUUUCAAGUAUAAAAGACAAAGGCAUGAAAGGACUAUAAAAUGGAAGCAAGCAAGAUAUCUCCAUAGCUGCCAUCUUUUAAAUGCAGAGGGUUAUGGUUCUGAGGUUGCAACAGGUUUACUUUCCAAUCAUGAGGCUUUACUGUAGAAGCAUUUACAAACCUCUGUCCUUCCUUAAACUCUUUGAACUUGUUGUCCGCCCAUGGCCAAGCACCUGCCUCGGGUCCAGGACCUCUACACUAUCUCAGAGACACUGCCUCCACACACACGUCUCCUCCCAGCAGCCACAGAUCACCCCCGAAUCGGUGGAAAUUCUUGGCCGCAUCUACCCAAGAGAUGACAUGACCAAUGUGACUGCAAAAAUCCUGUCCUUGGUUGGCAGAGAUCUUCACAACCAGAAGCACCAUCCAUUGUGGAUCAUCAAAGAACGGAUAAAAGAGCAUUUUUACCGUUCCUACACAAGUCGAACAGGAACGCCAAUCUUUUCUGUAUAUGAUAACAUCAGCCAAGUGGUGACUGUGGAGCAGAAUUUUGACAGCCUGCUUAUCCCUAAAGACCACCCUAGCCGAAAAAAGGGGGACAAUUACUACUUGAACCAGACGCACAUGCUGCGUGCGCAUACCUCCGCCCACCAGAGGGAGCUGGUCCGCUCUGGGCUUGAUUGCUUCUUGUUAGCCGGGGACGUCUACAGGAGGGAUGAGAUUGACGCAAGCCACUAUCCUGUCUUCCACCAGAUGGAGGGAGUGCGACUCUUUAACAACCACGAGUUGUUUGCACGAGUGGAGAAUGGCGAGGAUCUGUCGCUCUUUGAGAACAGCGGUCGACGCACAGCACAGAAGCAGGAGAUUCACACUCUGGAGGCUGUAAAGCUAGUGGAGUUCAACCUGAAACACACCCUCACGCAGCUCAUCAGGCACCUUUUCGGAGAAGAGUUGGAGAUCCGCUGGGUGGAGUGCUACUUCCCCUUCACACAUCCCUCCUUCGAAAUGGAGGUUCGUUUUCAGGGUGACUGGUUGGAAGUGCUUGGAUGUGGUGUGAUGGAGCAGGAGCUGCUGCACUCAGCGGGAGCAGAGAAUAAAGUUGGCUGGGCUUUUGGUUUGGGUCUGGAAAGACUCGCCAUGGUUCUCUUUGGCAUUCCGGAUAUCCGACUCUUCUGGAGCAAGGAUGAGCGCUUCCUGAAACAGUUCCAUCUGACCAACAUCAAUGACUCUGUGACCUUUCAGGCCCUCGGUAAAUACCCACCGCUCUUCAACGACAUCUCCUUCUGGCUGCCAGCUGAGGGCUACACAGAGACUGACUUCUACGAUUUGGUGCGCAGCAUCGGAGGAGAUCUGGUUGAGAAGGUCGAGCUGCAGGACCAGUUCACUCAUCCAAAGACCAAUAAGGUGAGCCACUGUUACCGCAUCGUGUACCGCCACAUGGAGAGAACUUUGAGCCAAGAAGAAGUGCGGCUGAUUCACCAGGCCAUUGAACAGGCAGCUGAGCAAAAGCUGGGGGUACAAGGGAGAUUCUGAUUCUUCUUCAUCCUGUAUCCACUUGAAGACUACACGAAGAAUGUUCAUCGCUCGUAUAGCGAACACAUGCAGCGUUCUUAAAUCCCUUUUCUCCUGCUGCCUGCAGUAACCUUGCAUCUGAAGCUCUGAGAGGCUGAUCUUAAAUACCUCCAUCACAGCAGCAUGUCGCCCGGAGGGAAAGGCCUUUGAUUUAAUGCAGGCAUUCUGUAGUCCGUUUACUCCAGUGGAUUCCAGCCAGCAGGGAAGACAAAAGGAAAAGAUUGAGGAAAGACUUUCUUUGCAUUUAUUUCUAACUUUUGCAUUACUUUUAAUGAACAUUUCAGCUGGAACAUAAUGAUUUUUUUUUUCUUUUAGGAGUUAAUUAAUUAAUGCACAAAAUAAAUUAGGAAUAAAUCUGACUGCUAACAGGUCUUGUAAUGUAAUGUUCAGUUUAUUAGGGGGUUGGGUGAUUAAUAAUAAACUAAGCACCAGACAAAUUGGUGCUGGUGUCUGA